AUGAAUUUUAGGAAAUCGCGAGUGCUUAUUUUUAUUCACUCAUUUGCACAGACAGUUUCAAUUCCAGUUGCAAUUUUAAGACUUGCCGAUAAUAAAGGAAUUGCGGCAUUUGCUGCGACGAGUUAUUAUGCUGCAAAUGCUAUUAUAUAUCUUAGUUCGAUCACAAUAUUGUGUGCUGCAGUUCAUACAGCUUACAGAAAUAAACUAUUCCACGAAAAUCAACAGUUGAAAAAAGCGCUUAAACCACUCAUCUUUUAUUUUUUACCGGUUACACUUAUCGAUCUUUGCAUUGCCGUUAGUGCUAUUCGAUUAACCAUUGAUACAGAUCGGUUGGUAAUUUUGUUCCAAAUAAAUCGUAUUAUUUUGAAGUUUCGUACAACAAUAGUGGCAUUAUGUACGGUUUUCGUUUUGCCACCAUUCCGUAAAGCGAUGUUUAAUUUAUUGGGUAAUAGACGUCAACAACGCAUUGCCGUAGUACUACCACUCACUGAAACUCUUCCGAAUGGUUGA